AUGAAAUCCAUAAAAUUUGAAAACGAGAAUGAAAAAGAGAAUCAAGCUGAAUAUCAAAAAGAAGAAGAUGAAGAAGAGGAGGAAGAGGAAGAAGAAGAUGAAGAAUUAAUGGUUGAUGAUGAUGAAGAUGAUGAAGAUCGAUUUGAUGAAGAAAUCGAGGCAUCUGAUAGCAGUUCAUCUUCAGUGAAUGCAUCUUCGCCACAUGAAACAUCUUCAAAUAGCAGCCAUUCGCCAUCACUUCAAGUUGAAUCACCAAAUGGUGGAGAAACACAUUUACAUGCAGAAAAACGACAUAUUUGUGAUAUUUGUGGCAAAGGAUUUUCGUAUUUUUCGAUUUUGGAAUCACAUAAAAGAUCGCAUACUGGGGAAAAACCAUUCAAGUGCCAUUUUUGUGAUAAGAGAUUUGCACAGAAGGCAACUUUGCAGGUUCAUGAGAGAACACAUACUGGAGAGAGACCGUGAGUUUUGGACACGGGCUGAUUGUGAUAUAUUGAAGUUCAAUUUUUUUUGUGAUUUUCCAAAAUUCAGAAUUUUACUGUAGAAAAGAAAAAAUCGCAUCAGAAAGUAAAACUUGGGUGUAGUUACUCUACAGAAAAUCAGACGAAUACAGUAAUAAAAACUCCAAAAAUUUUUCAGUUACAAAUGCCGUUAUUGCGACAAAACCUUUGCCCAAUACGGUACCAAAACAGUGCACGAAAAAUCUGCUCAUCUCGGGAUUCGAAAUUACAAAUGUCCAAAAUGUGACAAGUCCCUUUCUUCACCAUCCGCCUUAUAUACUCAUAAGAAAACCCACGGCGACAAAACAUUCAGAGUGAGUUUUUCAUCAAUAAUUUCAAUCACAACCAAACAUUUUUCAGUGCGAAUUUUGCCCAAAAACGUUUGCUUUGAAAAAUUAUCUGAAAUUGCAUGUGAAACAGGUUCACGAGCAAAAUGAGAGAAAACAUGUUUGUGUAUAUUGUAAUAAAGGAUUCGCGUAUGCAGGAAGUUUACAGGUAAAUGUGAACAUACCGGAAAAAAACACCGUAAUCCAUUUUUAAAGGUACAUGUGCGAACACAUACUGGAGAACGACCGUAUACUUGUCGAUUUUGCCCGAAAGCGUUUGCCAGUCAGGGAAAUCUUCAAUCACAUGAAAGAACGCAUACAGGGGAGAGGCCAUAUUCUUGUCAAUUUUGUCAGAGAACUUUUAUUCAGGUACAAUUUUUGAAUAAUUGAACUUGGUAAUUUUUCUGUAUCUUGAAACUUCGAACAGGAUUUGAAACUCAAGUGGUUGAUAGAGCACUUCAAAAACCUUUUUUCCAGAAAUCCCAACUAACAGCUCACGAAUCAACACAUCUCACAACAUCUCCAUCACAUCAUCACAAAUUAUCCGACGAUCAAACAUCUCCCGAAAAACCAGGCAACUACGAAUGCACAUUUUGUCAUCGUAGAUAUCCAUACGCAAGCAGUUUAUAUAUUCAUAUGCGAAAACACAGUGGCGAAAAACUCCCAUAUCUUUGUAAUGGUUGCGGGAAAACUUUCACGCAAAAAAUGUCAUUCGGAAUUCAUAUCGAACAAUGUGAUGCGUAUAAGACUGUGAAAUCGAAUAUGUCUUCAACAUUAUCUAAUGAUGAUUCAGAUUCGGAUGCUGAGGUCAAUCGAAUGUAUCCAACACAUCCGCAUCCACAAAUUAUGCCAGUUCCACCACCAACAAAUAUUUAUCAGCAACGUAAGACAAUUCUCGAAUUUUUGGGGAUUCGGAUUUUUAAAAAUUCAUUUAAGGGCUCGAGUUUGGGUUAAGUCUGAUCCCAUUGAAUCCAAAGAAAUAUCAUUUUUCAUAUCUCUUCUUUACCCAUUCAAAGCAAAAACUACAAUUCCCAAAAAUAUUCAAAUUGUUUCAGCUCCUCCAAUAUCAAUGCCAUCAAUUUGUAAUUUGUCAGAUAUCAAAUUAAUUGGAAAUCCUCCAAUUAAUUUUGGUUUACCUUUGGGUCAACCAAUGUUUGGCCCACCUCAAACCACUGCAGCACACGCACCAUUUACACCAAUGGAGGUGAGAUUUGUUUUGGAUACUGUUUUUUAAAAUUCAACAAAAACUGUUGGACACUAUUCAAGAAGAGUGGAACAUAAUUUCGAAAAGAUUGGCAACCUGCCAAAAAAAGAGUUGAACCCAUACAAAUUCCUAUUCCAAGAUUCUAAAUUCCCCGAUUAAUCAAAUAAAUCUUAUAGAUAACACCAAACGAUUUCGGUCCAAUGACAGCUUCGAAUCCUCCACUUCCACCACUUCAAACUGACAUUCAAUCAUCUGAUUCGCUUUCUGCAUUUGCUCCAGUCACCAAAUCUCAUUCGAAUUCCAAUUCUCAACCAUCUUUAUCAACAAGUCUCCUUUCUACUCAACUUCUUCUUCAACAAUUACACAGCACUGAUCAGUUAAACUAUCUUCUUCAUCAGAAUUUAUUAUCAUUGGCUGCAGCAGCUGGAGUGAAUUUACCUCCGGCACCUCCAACUUCUGCACAAUACCAUCAUCCUCAACCUCCGACUACCCAAAAUCUUGUUUAA